UAAACCUUAAACUUCACGCUCCCUCCUUGUUCCUCAUUCAAAUCAAACUCUGUUUCUCUAUCUCUCUCUGAAGGUGCAAAUGGCGUUUUCUUUCUCUAGAAAAGCCUCUUCGAGAUACAGUACCUACGAUUCAUCACGUUCUUCAACUUCCUCUCACUUGUCAGACCCAUCUUCAUCCUAUGAGUUCAACAAUGUAAACCCAAAAUCGCACUCUUCAUCUCGUGCUAUAAUGAAAGCUAAACCCUCUCAUGUAACUCCAACCGCAAAAGUGGAUCCUACCGUAACCACCAUGGUUAAGAAAUUCAUGGCGAAUAAGCCCAAAUCAGUGAACCCGGCCUCUACCAAGUUGUUCAUUCCUUCUGAUGUUAUUGCUAAGGAUUUGAAGAAGGAUGCUAAAAGGGUGACGGGUUUUUCUGCGUUGCAGAAGAAACUGUUCGGGAAGAGUGGGUCGUGUGAGAAGAAAGAGAAGGUGAAGGCUUUGACUGAAGUGAAGGGGAACACUAGGACACUUGCUAUGGUUCUGAGGAGUGAGAGGGAGCUUCUGAGUAUCAAUAAGGAACAAGAGGAUGAGAUUUCGAGGCUUAAGCUCGUGAUUGAAAACAAGAAUAAAGAGGUAGAGAAGUUGAAGGAUUUGUGCUUGAACCAAAGAGAAGAAAUCAAGUCAUUGAAGAACAGUAUUUUGUUCCCAGAGGUUAUGAAUUCUCAACUUCAGGAACUUGUAGAGAAGCAAGGCUCAGAGCUGAAAGAAGCCAAACAGGUCAUUCCAUCUCUACAACAGCAGGUUUCUUCUCUCACCGGUCAGCUUCAAAGCCUCGCCGAGGAUCUUGCAGAGGUCAAGGCUGAUAAGUAUUCGGCGAAAACAGGCUUCCAAGGUUACGGAAGCUCUCCAAGAACACCGCCACCACAUGGCAGGGAAGAUGCCUCAAACUCUUGGGAUUUUAGCUCCGAGGACAUGGCGGAUGAUCUAUUACUCAAAGAUCUUAAUCCAUGCUUAACACCUUACACUGCCAACAAGUCAAGAUCUAGGGAAUCACUGCAGGACGAUAGCUUAUCCAAGGAUGAUAUCAAAGUAUACCCCGACUUGCUUGACGAUUUUAACUCUUAUGAUCGAAAGUUUUCGAAAAGUUCUGACUGUUACCACCAUAACACCGGCAAAAUCAGCAAAAUAGGAGUUACAGCUAAACCUAGUCGAAGAUCUGACGACAGCAAAACAGCUUGGAGGUAGAAUGAAUGAGCCAUAAAUCACUGUUUCUUGUUGAGACUCCUCACCUCUUUUCGAUGAUUUCGUCUUUCGGUUUAGUGAGCAUACUGUGUCUGUUUUAGAAGUUGGACAGUGUAUUGUGUCUUAUAUAAUACAUGUAACAUUGAAUUGUCCAUCCUUGUAUAUGGUCACAUGAGGAAUGAAUAAGUGCUUUUGAAUUGUUAAGCUAAUAAACAUAAUGUUCGAAAA